GCUUCCCCCAACUUCGAGUUUCCCUUUGGGAAUGAUUCUCUCCAGCUGUGUGUUUGUGCACAGCAUAUAGAUACAUACACGCAGGUUGCAGAAGGCCGGAGAAAGCCGGCAAUCUGUGGAAGCAGAGCGGCGGCGGUAGAGGCGAGAGAAAUGCCGGCCGAGAAGCGGUACUCAUCGGAUUACCAUGACGGGGAUGAGGACGGAAGCUUGCAUCAGACUCAACACCGCCGCAAUCAGAGCCGCCGCCCUGGAAAGCAAUCUGUACGUAGUGGCUGCGGCGGCGAACAGGGCCGAGCUGCGGAGGAAGUCGAGCGAAUCCAGCAGGGGGCGGAGCAGCUUCAGCAGGAGGAGCAGUCGCCCAAUCGUGAUCAGGAAUCAAUCAAGCAAUCUUCUGGGGAUGAUUCUGAUGAGACUGGAACUGAUCCUGAAGACUUUGACGAGCUGAUAUCUGUUUCACGAUCUGCAAUCCGUGGAAAUGUUCAAUGCCCUAUAUGCCUAGGUAUCAUCAAGAGAACCCGCGUUGUGAUGGGAUGCCAGCAUCGUUUUUGCAAGGAGUGCAUUGACAAGUCAAUGAGAUUGGGGAACAAUGAGUGCCCCGCUUGCCGCAUACACUGUGCUAGUAGGCGUUCAUUGAGAGACGAUCCGCGCUUUGAUGCACUUAUUAAGGCAAUAUUUCCAGAUGUUGAGAAGUAUGAAGAGGAGGAACUUGUGUUUCAUGAAGAGGAGAGGGCACUUAAUCAACAGAUCCAGGCAUCCAUUGCCCAAGUUUGUCAAAGACAGUCAGAAGCAUUAAUCAAGAGGCGGAAAUUGAACAAAGAACUGAAUACAUCAUCUACACUGAGAGAAUACCGCAAUUAUAGGAAUGCUUAUUCAAGAAGACGAAGGAGAAGCAUGCAUACGACAGAACUUCAACAAUCUGAGCAUAAUGAGAGUGAAGGAGAUCCUGACCAUAAAUCUCAGACUGAUGAGCAUGGAGCCCCAGCCAAGGCCAGGAGGAGGGCCUUAGGAACUCCAUCCAACCACACUUGUCCAUCGCCAUCAGCCCCAAUCCACCAAGAAGGGGAUAUAUACAUGGAAAAUUCAUAUGAAAGAAUCAGGAGAGAAACCCAAGAUGAGGAUUCCCCUAUAAUAAAGCCGGAAGCAUUUACCUGGGGAAGAGGUGGCAUGAGGAGUCAUGUCCGACAUGGCAGUUCCAGUAGCAGCAAAAAUGUGCGUGCCAACCAGCUAUCCAAGUUAACUGAUUGUCUUAAGACCGGACCACAGAUAAAUGAAAGCCAGCAAGAUGCCCACGGCCAGCUUGUUUCUUGCAAUGCAGAAGACAAGCCGAGCUUGGAAAAGCCCUCCCCUUAUUGCGAUUCAAGUUUGUCAAUUAAUGACAUCCCAGAACAUGAAAUUGCUGGUGAGGUGAAACCACCGGCAGAAUAUAUCGUAGAAAUUCCAUUGGAGGAGAAAUGCAAUGAGCGAGGGGCCGCUCUGAACUCAUCAAACACGAUCAGCCAGCUGCAAAGCUUGCAAGGCGAAGAAACUCUGGCCGAGAUUAAAUCCAACUACUACCAUUCUAAUCAGGAUCUGACCAUGGGAUACAUGCAAAAGAAGAGCAACAUAUGCAUCUUGGAUUAGCUAGCUAGCUUGCUUGCAGAUCACGGCCGGGUCAGCACAAUACAAACAUUAUGGACUGGCUUUAAUUUACUUUCUUUCUUUUUUCUAUGGCUGCAACCGAUCGCGGGGAUCUGCCUCGGUUUCAGUUUCCAAGCAAUAUAAGUAUAAAGUAUAUAUAUAUAGUUUGCUGUGUUUUUGUUUUGUUUGGUUGUGUUCUUGGUUUGUGUUUGCUUUUGUUGUAUUUAGUUGUUCCUUGUUCUUGAUGGAAAUAGCUACUAGGCUGCCUUUUU